GGCUACGGCAUAUAAGUGAGCGGGUGGUAAAUAAAUGUUUUUAGUUUAUUUUAAGACGCCAUUUGGUGCGCGUGGCGGUUACAGCUUGUUUUCGUUUUGUUCGCAGCAUUUUUUAUUUGUCGGUAGGCGCGCCGCCAAAUUAGAUCUAGAUUCCUAGAGUUUAGUGCGUUCCAACUCGGCGAUCACAGCGCGCAAACACAUACCAUCGAACGUAAACAAAAUAGGCGCCGCGCCGCGUUUGCUAAAUCGUCCGUCUAUUUACAUAAUUAAGUACAAAGUAAUACAUCAGAAACAGCAACACCAACAACAUGACGAACACCACCGAUGUGCGGAAGAGAAAACUGGCCACCGAUGAAAAGCCGCUGCGGCGGAAAAACAGCGGCUCCCCGAAUGGCGGCAGCAGCGGAAACCGUGGCACCAGCGCCCUCAAGAUCUCCUUCCUCUGCCUGGUCAUCUCCGCCAUUCUGCUGCUCUUUGUGUUUGGUGUGUAUCAUUUGUAUUAUGCUAAAAGCGAUGUUCCCAAAGUUGUGCUAACCAAACCCUCUGUUUUUCCCACGGUCACCGUUCCUUAUGUGCAUGUGGAACCCCAUUUUCCGACACCUGUACGACCUGUUGUUCGCCAAAAACCAAAAACCACCAUCAAUCCACCCGCCGACGAUUCAGGCUUCAUCUCCGAGAACGCCAGCCCGUAUCUGGCCCGCUUGGCCUCCAAGUUUGGGUACAGCAAGGUGCAGUAUGCGGCCAUCAUUGAUGCCGGAUCCACGGGAAGCCGCGUCCUGGCCUACAAGUUCAAUCGCAGCUUCAUCGACAACAAGCUGGUGCUCUACGAGGAGCUAUUCAAGGAGCGCAAGCCUGGCUUGAGCUCCUUUGCCGACAAUCCAGCCGAUGGAGCUCACUCCAUCAAGCUGUUGUUGGAUGAGGCUCGUGCCUUUAUACCCAAGGAGCACUGGUCGUCCACUCCGCUGGUACUGAAGGCCACCGCCGGCCUAAGGUUGCUGCCAGCCAGCAAGGCGGAAAACAUCCUAAAUGCCGUCCGUGAUCUGUUCGCCAAGUCAGAGUUCAGCGUUGAUAUGGAUGCGGUUGAGAUUAUGGAUGGCACCGAUGAGGGCAUCUUCAGUUGGUUCACCGUAAACUUCCUGCUGGGUCGCCUGUCCAAGACAAACCAAGCGGCUGCCUUGGAUCUGGGCGGCGGCAGCACCCAGGUUACCUUCUCGCCAACGGAUCCGGAACAGGUGCCCGUGUACGACAAGUACAUGCACGAGGUGGCCACCUCCAGUAAGAAGAUCAAUGUGUUCACGCACAGCUAUCUGGGCCUGGGUCUUAUGGCCGCCCGUCACGCCGUCUUUUCGCACGGCUACAAGAAGGAGGCCUCGGUGCUGGAGAGCGUGUGCGUCAAUCCGAUCAUCGCCAAUCGCACAUGGACAUAUGGCAAUGUUCAGUACAAGAUCAGCGGCAAGGAGAAUCCCAAGUCCAGUGCCGAGCAGCCGAUUGUGGACUUUGACGCCUGCCUGGAGCUGGUCAAGAGCAAGGUGAUGCCGCUAGUCAAGCCCAAGCCAUUCACACUCAAGCAGCAUGCUGUGGCUGCCUUCAGCUACUACUUCGAGCGGGCCGUCGAGACGGGCUUGGUGGACCCGAUAGCUGGCGGGGAGACCACUGUGGAGGCGUUCCGCAAGAAGGCCCAGGAGAUCUGCGCCAUCCCCAAUGAUGAGCAGCCCUUCAUGUGCUUUGACCUCACGUUCAUCUCGACGCUGCUACGCGAAGGAUUUGGUCUUAACGACGGGAAGAAAAUAAAGCUUUACAAGAAAAUCGAUGGCCAUGAAAUCUCCUGGGCCUUGGGCUGUGCCUACAAUGUGCUGACUAGUGACGAAAAGUUCAGUAAUUCCUAACGCUCCUCUCCAUUAGUCCAUAGUAGAUGACGACAUACACAUUUUUAACAGAAUUGUUAGCUGAAAUUGUUUAUAGAGUGCCUUAGACGUGCAUCGAGUAUACUACAGAUUACACACUUAUAUAACACAACUCGGACAUUGCCUAUAUACAUAUCGUUUAAUAUCGUUUUUGUGCUCUGUAAGAAUCAUUUCACACACACACAAACACUGCGACUACACUUAAUGUUUAGUUUGUAAUUCCAAUUUCAUGUGAUUUUUGUAUUUUUCGUAAAGCAAUCUAUUUUGCAAAGUUCUUAAAUGUUUAGUCCUUACACUUGUUGGAUUCCUCAUGUACAUAACAAUUUACACAUCGAUAUGUAUUUACCUUAAAUAUGUAAAACGGCCUAGACUAUAUAUUAGUGAGAACAUUUCAAAUUGUUUUUGUCACAUAUGCAAAUGUUAGUUUAAUUAUUUUUGCAAAAAUAAAUCAAUAAAAUGUUAACAUUGGUCUAAAUAUAA